AGGCUGGGGUUGACUAGUUCGUCGGUGCGCGUGAGAUGGUCACGCUCCCCCAGCCUGCUUAUCCUGCGCACCCCUCUCCUCCUGGUACUACACUCCUCUACACUUUUUCCGCUGCCAUUGCCAGAGCCUCGAGCUACAGUUUCAAUCGACGGGACUUUUCAGAGCUCCCAACAUCGUUUCACCAGACAUUUCGUUGAUGUUUUUCUCUUUCCCUCUCUCUUGUGCUUUUAGUGCUUUCGAGGCUUUGAUGGAUCGUGAUACCUGACAUGGCCGUCUUUCGAGUUGUGGAUGUUUGUUCUUCAGCCGUUUGGUCUUCCGUGACGACUGAGAUGUAGAAAAUAUGGAGAGAGAAGUGGAGCAGGGAGCCAGAGACUGCAAGUUUCGUACAGUGAUCGUCUUUUUGUAGGUCCCGUGAAGUUGUUUUCUAAUCCUUCCCUUCUUCGUCAGGGACCUGCGAGGUGGCUCCGCUUCUGUUGUUGCUUCCGCAUGGCGUUUUACAGCAUUGUCUGGGAUUCGUUCGAAAUCCACACAGAUUCGAUUUGGGAGUCUAAUGACGCGUUCUUGUAAUAAUUUCAACAUCACAGAGAGGACUUCAGUGUUUGCAGGGAAUCCAAAGCUGUUUCUUGUGAAAAUUUUCAUUUCUUUCAAUAGAUACUGAGACUAGGGCAUUUAGAGAGGAUGCUUACAGUAGGAAUUAUGCGCAGUUUCUCGUCAAUGCAGGGCGGUUUCGGCCGGCAUUAUGGAGUCUUUCAGUCUGUAGCUUCGAAUUCUUGCAAUUUCUAGGAUUGCGUUUGCUACACUUGUGAAUUAUUUGUGAAGAAAACAGGAUUUUUGCAAAAAUUCAAGUUUUAUUCUUUUUGAUCACUCCCUUGCCGAGAUGAACGAUACUGCUGGUAAAAUGUCGUCAUCUUUAGUUGUUGCUGAGAAGCGGUCUCAUAGGCCUGGUGGUUGUGCGGGCGUCUUCUUUCAGCUUUUCAACUGGAACCGGAAGUUUGCCAAGAAGAAGCUCUUCUCCAGGAAACUACUUCCGCCAGCUCGUGCAAAGCAAGCAUCCAAGAAGUUUGGAGGAGAUGAGAAAAUGCCUAUGGCCAAGCUUCUCUUGAUUGCUGAUGAAAAUAGUGGGGGCUUCCCAAGUGUGAAGAAGAGUGGGAUUUGUGGUGUUGAUGAUGAAAAGAAGUUGCAGAAGCAUGAAAUGCGUGUGCCUGGUUUGGUUGCCAGGUUAAUGGGUCUUGAAUCCAUGCCAACAGUGCAGCAAGAAAAACCCAAAAUUUUGUUGUCUGAAACUCAUGAUGAUAGAGAUAAGAAAUCUUUCAGUAAACAAACUGGGUCUGAAAAGGAGGAUUUGACUUUUGAGAAGGGAAGUGCAAAGAAUGAGUCUAGGCCACAGAAGAUUCAGAAGACAGGGCCAUUUGAAAGGCGUGCAGUGACUAGAUUUGGUCCCGAGGCAUUGCAACUCAAGAGUGUUCUAUCUCGCUCUAGAAAGCAUCAUGCAAAACUUGCAUCUCCAAUGAAGAGUCCAAGAGUUAUAUCUGGGAAGAGUGCAUCACGGUUAAUUGAUGCUGCUACUAAAAUUUUGGAACCAGGUUUGCAAGCUAAAAAUAGAGCAAAAUGUGCUCUUACUUAUUCAAAUUAUAUGCAUAAAAACUCCAACAAUGGGGUCAGGACAGAGCGAAAACCAGUUUUGUUCCAAGAUUUAUCGAAACAGCCUGAAGAUUAUGUAAAUGCAGGUGCAGCACAGUCAUUGAAGGGGCAAUCUUGUAAAAAAUGUGGUAAUCUGAUAGACAAUGUGAACUUGGAACCGGGUCUGGAAGAACAACCAUCGGUUUAUGCUUGUUCAGCAUCAAGUUUUGUUAAUGGAUCUUCUCGAGUAUCUGGAGGCAGCAAUCCAAGAGCAUCCAUGUUCUCAGUUGAGCAAGAACAAAAUGUAGUUUUUCAGAAAAAUCAUGACCAACGCACAGUACUUGUAGCUCAAGUAAAGGAUAAUGCACAAGGUCAAAAUGAGCCUGUUACAGAUCGAAAGUCUUCUUCUCAAGAGGGUCAAACAGCGUGGCAUUUUUCCAAGCAGCAGUGCAAGCUUCCAAAGGAUGUAUCAUCUUCUAGGACUUUGAAGUGCCGGACUGAAACACAAAAUCAGAUGCUAAUAGGCAAGGAUAGAAUGGCUACAAGGUCUAAAUCAAGUAGUUUACAGAACAGAAGAGUUUCAUCAGCUGCAAAUAUUAAUGGGGACAAAGAUUUUGUUGCUUUGAACCGGAGUCUAAGUGGUCGCACCCGACCAAGGAUGCCCACCAAAAUGGAUCACUCUAAACUGGAAAUAGAAGAGAAAUCUAGUAGCAGGCUAGAUAGCUCCUUAUCACAACUGAGGACCCAAGUGCGGAAAAGGAGGCCAGUGAAUGUUGGUAGGCAAGAUGUUGACACAAGUAUCACUACUACUUCUUAUGGAAAUCAAAGAAGAAUCAGGUUGGAUGUAAUGAGUGGGAAAAAAAUGGGGCUUAAUGCCACUUCAGUGGACAGCUGUGCUAAAAGCAAAUUAACCCAUCAGGAAAAUGCUAAUAUGACCCAUGGUAAAAGCACUGAUGUUGUUUCUUUUGCGUUUAGUUCACCAAUGAGGCACAAGAGUGGAGUUCUCUCCUCCAAAGAGGCAGUGGAGAGAAAAAGGAGUGGAAGUAAUGCAUUUGGUGAUAAUAAUUCUCAGAAGAAGAACUCCACUGUAGAUGAAAAUGAUGGUCAUAUGCAUUUUGUAAAACAAUUGCCACUAAGAGGGGAUGCUUUAGGUGACCUUCUGGAACAAAAAUUGAAGGAACUGACUUACCAAGAAGAGGAUGAGUUUGGAGGCAACCUACCUAAGAGAUCCACUGCUAUGAUUCUUCAAGAGCUAAUAUCCGCCUUAACUGAAGAGCAGCUUAUCUCUGGGAAAGAAGCAACAGUUGGGAUUGAUCAAAAGGAUAACUUGUGCUGUAGAAUUCAGGAGCCUUCUGGUCAUGCAGCUCCGCAUGGACACAUGAUCAAUACAGAUGUAGUUUACAAGGCUGAAGUGAAGAUGGAAGGCACCUCAGUUGGUUAUUUGCAUGAAGGUGAUCAUUUUAGCCCAGGAUCUGUUCUUGACGGUUCUUUCUCAAACGACAGUUUCUUUUCCAGCAGCCUGGAUGAUGGCUUAGGAUGUAGGCUCCAUUCUAACCCCAUGGAUUACUCCUAUAACCGACAACCAUUAGAGCCUGAUUCCGAGCUCUUGGAUUCUGCAACCUCACUGAAGAAAAGAGCAACUGGCACUGAGAUGGUAACUGCUCUUGUCAACCGCGCUUCUGGGAUAAUAUAUUGUGUCAAUCUUGCUGGUGCCAGAUUAAAUGAAAGCAAAUUCAACCAUGCCAAGGAGGUUAUAUUGAAUGCCGAAAUUUUGUUUGGAAAUGCAGCCCCAUAUAAUUCAGAGGGUAUAAAAGAUUGUGUGUUAGGCCCCUUUCUACUCGACAAGUUGGAAAAUCUUGCUGUUGCUACAUGGACAGGUUCCGGCUGUCUUGGUUUUGAGGAGACAAAGGGGGGGAAUCAACUUAGAACUUUUCUUUUUGACUCUGUGAUAGAAUGCCUGGAUUCCAAGUACAGUCGAUCUUGUAAAUCUGGAUUCAGGGCGUGGAGGAGAUUGCCGUUGAGCAUGAACACCGAGAUGCUGAUCGGUGAGGUCGAUAAGGAACUAAGACGAUGGACAGAUUUUGUUGGGAGGCUUCCAGAUGAGAUAAUAGAGGGCGAUAUGAGUCAUUCCUUGGGGAGAUGGACGGAUUUUGAGAUUGAAGCAUUUGAGAUUGGUGCUAACAUUGAUGUUGAUAUACUCCAGACACUGGUUGAUGAGAUAGUGAUGGACCUUUGCAGGUGCAAACUAGGAAUUUCCUGAAUCUCUACCAUUCCUACUAUCCUGUGUUUAUUUUAUUUUAUAAUAGGAGGGAUGCAAGCAAUGCUGCACAUUGCAGUUUUUUUUUUUUGGUACAAAUUGAUGGGUUUCAUUAGCUGUUAUUUAUUGACUUAGGUUAUUGGAUUUUGUAGUAGAAAAUGUGUAGUAGAAAAUGAAAGUACACAUGCUUUGUUGGAUGAAACUUGUUAUUAGGCAACCA